ACCUCAUGAUUCCUGAACCUCCAAAGUUGGAACUUUGUAAAUAGUCCUUUUCCCAGAUAUUUCAUGUCAAGAAAUCAUGAGAAAACUUUUUCCGAUAUUCAAAAGAAACCUUACCCACGUGUGUCGCUUAAAACCAUACAAGGAUACGAAAUGGCUAAUGCCGAACGGAAACCCGGUAGGUGUUUAUGUUUACAACUGCGUCGCUCAGGAGAAGGUUCCAAUAAUACUAAACGACCCCAAAAUAGCUACGUGGUACUCCUGUGGACCCACCGUAUAUGAUUCUGCUCACAUCGGCCACGCUAGCUGCUACGUAAAAUUGGACAUUAUUCAGAGGAUACUUAAAUCAUUUUUCGACAUAAAACUUGUAACGGCCAUGGGUAUAACGGAUAUAGAUGAUAAGAUUAUCAAGAAAAGUAACGACACGCAAACUGAUUUCAGAACGGUUGCGAAAAAGUUCGAACACGAAUUCUGGGUAGACAUGGCCGCAUUGAAUGUAGAAAAACCGAUGAUCAUAACGAGGGUAUCUGAGCAUAUUGAGAAUAUAAAGUCCUUCGUAGAAGGCCUCGUUAACACCGAAAUGGCAUACGCUGCUGAUGAUGGCUCAGUAUAUUUUGACACAUCAAAAUAUUCAUCAUACGGAAAACUUCAGAAGAUGCAAGAUUCAGGGGAACCCAGUUGUGACAGUAAAAAGAAUAAGAUGGACUUUGCUCUAUGGAAGGGAAGUAAGCCUGGUGAACCCAGCUGGAAAACUGUAUGGGGAGAAGGGCGACCCGGCUGGCAUAUAGAGUGUUCAGCUAUGGUGAGCAAAGUAUUUGGCUCUCAGUUGGACUUUCAUGCAGGCGGUAUAGACCUACAGUUUCCCCAUCAUGAAAACGAGGAGGCCCAGUCUUGUGCCUACCACAACACAACACAAUGGGCCAACUACUGGAUACACAUCGGCCACCUGAUAUUAAAAGACACAAAAAUGUCCAAGUCACUCCAAAAUACCAUCCCCAUACCUAGUUUAUUAGAAACUUACAACGCUGACACAUUCAGGAUGGCCUGUUUAAUGUCCAAAUACAGAUAUUCAAUGGAGUACAAUGAUGAGAUGAUGAAAAGCGCAGAGGAUGUCUUCAACAAAUUCAAAUUCUUCUUUAAAGAUGUUGAAGUGUACAUUAACAGUAAUGUAGAGAGAACAGCAGAAUACAAUGACAAUUUGUUAAAUGAUCUUCAUGUAGUUGAAGAAAAGAAUUUAGAUGCUUUGAGACAAGAUUUCAAUACUAGCUCCUGCGUAAACUCUUUACUAAACCUAAUAGGAAAUGCUAACAAAGUAAUGAAGUCAGAAUCAUCAAACUUUUCACCUGUACCCAUUCUAUUAAUAGCUGAUUAUAUUUACAAUACUUUAACAAAGUUUGGGUUAAAAUUCCAAGAUUCAAAGGAAAAUAUUUCCAGCAGCCUCAUUGAUGUUUUGGUAGAUUUUAGGCAUACGGUAAGAUUGAAUGCUAUUGAAAGUAAGAAUAAGGAUUUGCUAAAAGCAUGUGAUUUAGUUAGAGACAAAAUGAAGACUGCUAAAGUACAAAUAAAUGAUAGUAAGAAAACCCCAUCAUGGGUGUAUGUAAAAUGAUUGUUUACUGAGAUUUAUAUCAACUUAUUUCGUUUUAAUCUAAAUGUUAGAAUUGGUUCUUUGUAACAGCCAUACUGACUUUUUGACAUUUAAAUUGAAAUGAAAUAAAUAUAGUGUAUGCAAUAUUG